GCAGGCAGUUACACGGACACCUCAGGCUGUAGUCCGCACAGAGCAGGCAGUGCGCAGGACACCUCAGGCUCACAGCAAGGACCCGGCGCGGGAAAUUGGAAACUGUAUCUCAGAGCCAGUCUAUCAAGCGGGCAGUGACACCAGAUCAGUGUUCCUCCUCCAUUGCUGCCCGAGAUGAAGAGCAGAAAACGUGCCCUGCAGCCGCCAGAAGAGUGCGGGGUCUGGUUAGACGCGUCUCAGCUUAAGAAGAAAUGCCACCAGAUGGUGAUCCCCUGCACGUCGUCAAGAUUUAAUCCACUUUCAAGAACAAAAUCUAUGGAUUCUGUGCAGGUUGACUUUACUCAGACAAAGUCUCCUCAGCUUUUCACCAAGCAGACUUCAAUGUAUUCCUUCUUCUCCGCCGCUGGCAGUAGGAACAAGCGGUCGCCCAUUACUGAUAUUAAUACAUUGAUUCAAGAAACUCCUAAGUGUGAGACAGGAAACGCAUACGAAUCUCUGAAUGUGAUGGAACAGUCACCUGUUGAAACUUCUAUGUGCUCGAAACCUGCUGAAAUCCAGGAGAGCGUCUCUUUAUGUAACCUACACAGAAAUACUAGAGAGCCAGUAAGCUCAGGACAAAAUGAAAACAAUGACCGGAGCUGGGUGCUGGAGCAAUCGGGCAACCAUUCUGGCAGCUUCUCCAAUGUCUCCGUAGUCCGAACUCAAGACAAGUCUCCGAACCAUGGUUUUUCUUCAGAAUUCCAGAAUAAACUGUCUGACUCUUCAAUUGUCAAAUGUCCUCAAAAGGAUUAUCAUGAGGAAGACAGUUGUCUUCUAAGUCAGUUUGACAGUCCGCUUUUCACACAGGAUACACAAGGGAACAGAGUCAUCUGUCACCAGUCUACAAGUGAUCGACAUCUGACCACACCACUUCAGGACAAAACUAAUGUCACUUGGCACACAAGAAGUCAGAUAAAAGGAACUCUACAGACUUUGUGCGAUGAAGAUUCCCUCCACAUAAUGUUCACCCAAGAUUCUGAAGGAAACAUGGUUAUAAAACAUUAGGCAGAGCUACAUCACACAACUGAACUAUACAGGUUUCUCAAUGCACAUGUAUGAUUACUGUUCACCCCAAAAAAGGGUGGACCCUCAACCUGAACACAGCAAAUCUGCUGC